AUGAGCCCAAACCAACCUCAAACCAGCCAUGAACCACCACCAAAUCAAACUUCCCGACCACUGAAAAGAGAUCUAGAUACAACUCCACUUCACUUCAUCCAAUGUCCAAUUCCUACCAACUUCCAAUAUCAAAGAUCUCCAUACUGGGAAAAUCAGUACGCAAAAUAUCUGCAGAUUGCCAAGCUCAAAUACGUGAAAUACGAAGAAGUGCAGACACUCGAAGAUUUUAUGGAGGAAGUGGAAGUGGAGAGUUCGGACAAGAGUGGAUUUCAGAUGUUGAUGCAGAUUCAGAAGAGUGCAAUACUCCCAAGGUUGCCGCCGGAUAUUUUGACAAAGUGUUUUGAUGUGAUUUUGAGGAAAAGUUUAUCGCAUGUUGAAGGGAAUAAGGAUUUGACACCUAUUGAUAUCACGUGAGUAUAAUCUGAGCAAUUCUUGUAUAAUCUGAGCAAUGCUCUUUUCCAGAAUAAUCCAUCCAAACCUUCCCAAUGGCAAAAAAUGCUACUUCAACAAAGUUCUCAACAAAAUCAAUGUGGGUGAUAUUAUCAAUGAAUUGAUUGAGCUACAAAAAACGAAUCAUGGUUUUUUGUUUGAUUUUAAAUUCCGGAUCCAAAUUGAGAUUAGGGAGAUCUUUAAGGUUAGUUUUUAUACUCUGAGCAAUGCUGGAAAAUUGUUGGAAUGUUUCCAGAUAAGCUUUCAGUGAAAUAAGAAUUUUUCCUGAUUUUGAAAUAUCCCCUCCUUAUGAGACCCCCCUCCCUCCCUUAAAAGGACCCCCUCCCCCUUAUGAGAUCCCCCCUCUCUUAAAAGGACCCCCGCCCUUAUGAGACCCCCCUCCCUUAAAAGGACCCCCCCCUUAUGAGAUCCCCCCUCUCUCUUAAAAGGACCCCCCCCUUAUGAGACCCCCCCCCUAAAAUAUGCAUUUUUUCCAGAAAUAUGUUCUUGGCGAAUCGAACACUUUGCUCAAGUCAAUAGCCAUCGCAUUCCACAACGAUUUGCAAAAAACCAACAAAAACUAUAUGGCGAAUUUUGAAGACUUAUUGGAAAGUGAGAAACGACAAGAGAUUGCUGCACAACACUUGCAACGGACAUAUUACAUCAAAUUGCGACAAUUCCAUUUGGGAAGUAUGCCAGCAAUUGCUCAUUUGAUGAAAGAUUAUGAAUUUGUUGUGUUGACGAAAGGCGGCAAGUUGAUUUAUAAUAAGGGAAAAGCGAAAACACUUACGAUUCUUGAGAUUAAUGGGAAAUUUGAUGCGGUUUUGUGA